AAUUUCAAUAGUAACUGUUGUAUCCUAAACCGAAGCUUCGGAAAUCUUGUGUGGAGAAUAAUAAUUAAAAAGAAGGAUAUAUCCACGUGUUUUUAGGUUCGGAAUGGCACAAAAUAUAAAUCCGUUUUAUUCGUCGCAAAAUACGCCGAGUAAACCUACGGAGGAAAAGCAAAAUAUACCAAAAGACAAUCAUGCAGUUAGUAAACGGCUACAAAAGGAACUCAUGGUUUUGAUGAUGAGCACAGAAAAAGGUGUAUCCGCUUUUCCAGAUGGGGAAAAUUUAUUCAAAUGGAUAGGAACUAUCACAGGACCACGUGAUACGGUUUAUGCCGGUCUUACGUACAAAUUAACUCUGGAAUUUCCCCAUAGUUAUCCGUACAGUGCUCCGGUUGUACGUUUUGCUACUCCUUGUUUUCACCCAAAUGUUGACGCGGUAGGGAAUAUUUGUUUGGAUAUAUUAAAAGAUAAAUGGAGUGCUUUGUACGAUGUUCGUACUAUAUUGUUAUCUAUACAGUCCCUUCUUAGCGAACCCAACAACGAGAGCCCCUUAAAUCCCCUAGCUGCGAAACUGUGGAACGAUCAAACAAAGUACAAGAAACAUUUAACGGAAGAAUAUCAUAGAGCUCUGAAUCGUGACCAACAAGAUUCAUGAUAAGCACAUUUUUAUAAUUAUCUCAGCUUAUUCGUUUGUAUUUUGAAUUCGAUCAUAAUUGAGUGUAAGGCAUGCGGAAACAAAUUGCAUAGAAUUUAUGACGUUCACAAACACUGAAUCUUCGGUUUGCUCUUUCCAUCUAUAUGCUCUGUCGCGUUACGAAACGUGAAUGUACCUUUUCUAUCAUUCAUUAUGAUUAUUUUUAUUGCAUAGUUUCGUCAGUUUGCCAUAUGUAUAGGAAUUUGUAUCAUGGUUUUAAGACUGUAUCUGCGGAUUAAACAUUUCUACAUCGUCAAUUUA